GACGUCCCCACCACCGCGAGAGCCGAGUUGCGACGUUCAACACCCCGAGCCGUGUGAAUCACGUGAACCAUUGGAUCGCCUAUUCCAUCUCACCGCACAAGUUAUACAUGCAAAUGAUUAUCUCGACGGACACAGCAAAUAUUUUGCAAUUUUGAAAGAGAACACCAAAAUGAGCGACACGCAACUCGUAUUUGUUUAUGGAACUUUGAAGAAGGGUGAACCAAAUCAUGAAUGGAUGAGUGAAUGGGAAGCGGGCUCGUUUUCGUUUGUAGGUUGUGGAAAGACGGCACUAAAAUUUCCUCUAGUAAUUGCAAGCCGUUAUAACAUUCCGUUUGUAUUGGACAGACCCGGAUUGGGCCAUAAUGUUGCAGGAGAAAUUUAUAAGAUUGACAGCGCUAUGAUGAAUCGGUUGGAUGAACUUGAAGACUACCCUAUUUUUUAUAACAGAAAGCAAACUCUAAUUCAUCUUAAUGAUGGAACAGAGCAAAUGUGUUGGAUGUACAUCAUUGAAAAAUUCAGGGAUGACUUGCUGCAGUUGCCAUUCCUUGAAGAUUAUUCUGCUCAAGGAACCCAUGGAUUAGUUUAUUGUGAGAGGCUUAUGAGGGAUAAUCCUCAAGAGUAUUCAGUCAUAAAUGAUAUUCAAGGAAACUAAUUUGAUGGAUUUUUAUCAAAAAUAAGUAAAUGAAAAAUAUAUGUAUAUAUCCUUCAUAUUGUUAUUUUCAUAUUAAAAUACAAAUUCUUUUAACGUCAAAAUGGAUUAUAAUGUGUUAUAGUGAAAUUCCCUAUAUAAACAAAAUUAAUUGUUAUAAUU